AUGCCGGGCCAGAUGAAGUCGUUCAUGGGAAGUAUCAGGCGAAAGCCUGCCACCGCUCCUGAUGGCAAGACGGAUAGUGAAGCUCUGGGCACCUCGGACGAGAAGAAAACCUCGAUCCUCCACGAUGUGCUGCGUUCGGGGAGGAAUGCCAAGUUUGUGGCCGAAGCGUUGCCCCAGCUGGCUUCCGGUGAGCCUUUGGACGACAAGAAGUUGCUGCUAGAGCAUGGAGUGGCCAUGUUGCAGGGCAUGCCGCUGAAUAGCGGACUAUCAUCCACCGUGUCGGACGGCUUCAUCAAAAUGUUAUACGACGAUCUCCCCCACCCCUCCACCACGAUCGCGGGGCCGACCACAAGAUAUCGCAGACAUGACGGCGGCAACAACAAUAUCUGGAAUCCAGAAAUGGGCAAGGCGGGCUCGCCAUACGCACGCAAUGUCCCUCCCAUGAAGCCCAAAGGCCGAAAUCUCCCCGACCCCGAGCUCGUGUGGGAACACCUUCUCAAACGUCCCGAGGGCAAAUUUACCGAGCAUCCGUCUGGAUUGAACCGUCUCUUCUUCUCCUUUGCCACCAUUGUCAUCCACGAGUGUUUCCAGACCAACCGCAGCAAUCAAUGGAUUAAUGAGACGUCGAGUUAUGUCGACCUCAGCACUCUAUACGGGAACACGGAUGUAGAGCAGCCACGAGUGCGGACGUACAAUAAUGGAACCAUAUUCCCCGAUUCGAUCGCUUCAGACCGAAUCAUGCUAAUGCCACCGGGUGUCGUUGCCCUCUUGAUCAUGUUCUCGAGAAACCACAACAUGAUCGCCAAGGAUCUGUUGUCCGUGAAUGAGGAUGGCAAAUACGGAGACUGGGACAGCCUGUACAAAGAGCAGCAGAAAUGGCAAGACGAAGACAUUUUCCAGCUGUCGCGAAACAUCAACGUCGGCUUCUUCGCCACCGUCGUCUUGAAAGACUACGUCGCCGCCAUUCUCAACACUCCUCGAGCCGAUUCAACGUGGUCCCUGGACUUGGGGAAGGAAAUCAAAAGUCUUGGACAACGAGUGGAGCGGGGCACAGGCAAUGUCGUUUCCACCGAGUUCGCUGUCCUGUAUCAUUGGCACGCCGCUCUGAGUGCCGCAGACGCCACGUGGAUGGAAGAGACGAUUCGAAGGAAUCUACCUCAACUCAAAUCAUUGGAUGACAUGACGCCGGGCAUGUUUAUGCAGAUUGUUGCCAAGGAGGGCAAAACACUCGAGGACACGUUGCCGAAGGACUGGACGUUUGGCGGGCUGAAGCGAGGCCCCGACGGAAAGUUCAGUGACGAGCAGCUUGCGGAGCUCAUCAAGGACUGUAUCGAGGAGCCGGCCCAUGCUUUUGGGCCUCAUGGCACUCCAGCAAGCCUGAAGGUUGUCGACAUACUGGGUCAAUUACAGGCCCGGAACAUCUUCAAGGUCUGCACUUUGAAUGAAUUCCGGGCGUACCUCAACCUCAAGGCCUAUGAGAGUUUUGAAGAGUGGUGCGAAGAUACGGAAACGGCUCGAGCGGCCGAGUUGCUAUAUGGUCACGUGGAUAAUAUGGAGCUGUACCCCGGCCUGAUGGCGGAAUGCACCAAGCCUCCAAUGCCCGGAAGUGGCGUCUGUCCGGGCCAGACCACUGGACGCGGCAUCCUUGACGAUGCGGUCGCGCUGGUCCGUGGAGAUCGAUUCCUCAGCUACGACUUCAACAGCAAUACCUUGACCAACUGGGGCGUGUCGAAACUGGGCGACCUUCCCGGCGGUGCGUAUGGCGGCAUGCUCCCGAGACUGAUCUUCAACGGCCUUCCGUUUUCCUUUACUGGAACUUCGCCCUACGUUCUGCUUCCAUUCUACACGCCCAAGGCGGUGCAGGGGAUCUUGAAGGGCAACAAAGUCAUUGAUCAGUACGAUGUCCACCGGCCGCCGAAAGAGGUCGGUCCGGCGGUGGUGUACACGGCAGAGGGCUGUCGCGCCGUCCUCACCGAUCGCGAUGACUUCCGCGCGUUAUACACCGAGCCUAAGACCGUGGACAGCGUCUUCUACGAAGACCAUUUCGAGACUCACGUUGCCGAGUUCUUCAGCGCCCACGUGGUAAAGCAAAUUAAAGAGAGCUCACUUCGGUAUUACGGCUCCCGGCGCGCCAUUGACAUUGUCCGCAACGUCACCAACAUUACUCCCGUGGCCUGGGUGGCCAGUCGCUUUGCCAUCCCGCUCAAAACGUUGAAGACCCCUCGUGGCCUCUUCACCAUCCCGGAGCUGUUUGACGCCUUCCACGUGAUUGCGGCGUACCAAAAUUUCAACGUCAUCCCUGCCAACGAGUGGAAGCUGCGAGCAGGUGCUGCAAAGAGUGAGGCAGCCCUGCGGGAAAUCCUCGACCUGCACAUUCGGAUCCAGGGAGGUGGAGGACUGCGCGAGAAAAUCGCCGAUCACCUUGAAGCAGGCACGGCGUACGAGGUCGGCCCCGAGGCAGAUCGCCUCUACCACGCCCUCUUCGCCACGCGCAGACCACAUGCCGGUCUCGUCGAGGAGUGCAUCAGUCAAGCCGCCCCCAUCGCCAGCGUCCUCACCCAGCAAGCCGCCAUCCUUAUCGACCUCUUCCUCACCCCGGAAUACGAACCGUACAAAACCCGCAUCAUCGAGCUCGCCCACCGUGACGACGAGGCCGCCGUCCGCGAAUUGCAAGGCUUCGUCUACGAAGGCAUGCGUCAUGGUGGUGUCGGUCCGGGCAUCACUCGUGUCGCCGCGCGCGAAACAGUCAUCCCCGGCGGCGCCCAGGGCUCCGUGACCGUCCGGCCGCACCAAAAAGUCCUGGCCGCCACCGCCGUCGCAGCCAUGGACCCGACCGCCUUCCCGAACCCGGAGAAACUUGAUCCCUUCCGUCCGCGCGAGAGCUAUGCCAUUCUGCUCGGCGGCGUGCUGCUGCGUGUCGCCGGGCCUGCCAUCGGGGCUAUCCUAAAGGAGGUCUUCAAACUUCAUAACGUGCAUCGUGCGCGAGGCAGUCCGGGGCAGUUUGUGACGGUCGAGAAGGAAGUUAUGGGGCUGCGGUUGCGCACGUAUCUGGAUUCGAAUGCGAGGGAGUCGCCGUUCCCGACUAAUUUGAUGUUGGAGUAUGAUGAGGAGGAUAGGCCGGUGAUGAAUGGGAGGGCGUAUUGA